GAGGUCUCGCAACGCUAGAGACAAGGAAGGCGGCCAACUUGGGACCGAGAAUGUGGAACCGGAUGGAACGGAAGCUGGAGUGCUGUCGAUGGCGACUCUGGGUAGAGAACCGAAGAUCAGCCAGACGGACUCGUCGACUCCCUCCUCUAGACAAGGAUUCUUCCCGGUGGGUACGGCUGCGAAGAAGCAAUCUCGGGGAGCACAACAAGAUCCAUCGGGAUUGCAAGGGGGUGAUGAAACGCUCCCGGGCAAGAGAGGCCAUGCGAAGAGCGAUUCGUUCCCUCCGUUCGCAGGAGGAAAUGACUUGUUCUACUCUUACCCUGCCGAGAGCUCAGAGAACCCUCGAAAACCGGACAACACUCGGGACAGGACGGACUCGGGCGUGGCUCACGAAGGACCUGGCGGAGAGGAGAUGUUACGUAGCAGCAGCGGGUCGAGGUUCUCGAUCUUGUAUCCGGAAGAAUACUCUAGCGGAAGCGCUGGGAGCCGGCGGGGUCAAGGUCAAACUCAGCAAUUCGUCAGCGAACAGGAUUUGGCAGCGCUGGGUAUGCCUCUACCCAUUCCCGCAGGCAGGUUUGACGGCGAAGGCGAUGGAGCGAGGACACCCAAUUCGUACAGGUCGGCGCAGAGUCAAUUGAGGUUCCCAGUCCCGCCUGAUCGCAGUCGAGAGCCUUCCGUACUCGGACAGGUCGGGGUCGUCGGCGCGAUGGAAGGAGUGACGAGGAGCGUCUCUGCCGAUACUUCCGAGACGAGAUACCACUCGCUUACCGAUCAGGCCAACACCUUGACCCGUCGAUCACGCUCGUCCGCUACUACUGCGGAUGACGCGGGAGAUCAGCCCGGUGUUGACGAGCACGGUCGACGAACAGGACCGGCAGCUGUUGAUGGGUCGUACGGUACCUCUUCAGCUAUCCGAAACACAUCUCUGGCGCAAACGCCCGUUCGAACAGGUAUGAUUGAGCCGGAAGAGCACGGACUGGAAACAACACCGCUAGCGGGCACUUCUGAUCGCCAACCUCGACCUCGACUCCCGCUCAGUGCGCUGCCAUCGCCUUCUUCCACGGAGACACCUUCGAGCUGGACGCAGCCUAAUCGAUUCUCGCUGAUUGCCGGGUCGAUAUCUUCUUUGUUCGGGGCCAAGCGGGCUAGCGUAGUUAGCUCGGUCACCGAAGCCGACCACGAUCAGCAUCACCAGCAGGCGCAAUCGCGACGAUCUACAAGCGGGAUGCGGAGGAACAACAGUCGUGGCGGAGAGAACAGGCAGAGUUACGCCGGACAACCUUUGGUACCGGAAGAAGUCUACCGAGAGGCGUUCUUGAGCGGGAUCCCCGAGGCUGCUAGGCGAGAAGCUAGGCAAGAAUCCAGUGGCGAGACUCGAGAGACCUUCGGCUCGGCAGGUGUGGGAAGCGAUGAGACCGGCAGGAGGGAACUCAGUGAAGGAGUUACCAGCGAGGGGGAUGGAAGCGGGGAGACUUUCGGUGUCAAAUCCGGCAGGGAUCAAUUAGGCGCAAGUCUGAUCAGUGGACCGGGUCUGGGGGAACGGGCGAGGGUUGUCACACCCUCGAAUCGAGGAAACGAGGCUGCAAGGGUGACAAGAGGGUCAAAUGAUGAGAACCCAGAGUUGACGACAAGGAGGAUCGGAGAGUUCGGGGAAGUCAUAUCCGGUCCUGCUGCGCCUGGCAGGGAGGUCUUGAGACUACCGGGGGAGAUGAGAAAGACCUCGACCCUAUUCAUACCCGGCUCCCCAUACUCCCCCGCUCAAGCCUCUUCGCAAUCAGCUUCAGUGCAAGAUGAAGGCUCGAAAUCUUCCUCUGGUUCUCAAGGUGGGUCAAAAGUCUCGAUCGGGACGAAACGAUCUAUCGUCACUAUGCGCAGCGGGCGUAGCCAAAGCACGAAUGCUACGGGAAGGACGGGGAGGACGGGGAGGAGCGAGAUGAGUGAGGAAAGCGGGGAGAGUCUGGGGCUCGUUAGUGGCCUGGCUCCUGGAGUGAGAGGUGGAGACGUCGGUGGGAGGGUCGAUUAUAGCGUGGCGGCUGUUCGUGGCAAACGAUCGAUGCCUCAACUAGUAAACACGCCCGACGCGCUCGCUGGGAAUAUACCGAGGACGGAUACUCCGCCGCCUGCGACGGUAUCAGGACCAGCGUCCAGUAAUGCAGGCACGGUACCAUCCCACAGCACCGCCGGAACUCUAGGACUGGCCGCGGGUGCGCUUGUUGAAGAUCAAGAGGUAGAUAGGAUACCUUCGACACCGCCUCCGAGGUCGAGGUCGCAGUCGAGGUCGAGGUCGACGUCCGGCCAAGGCCACGUUCAAAACGUCGGGUCGGACAGCCGCAACAGAGAAUCGACCGGGGAUCCGAACAUGGAAGCCGACGAACCUCUCCUCCCCCCACAACUGCCUUUCGUCACCAAGACCAGAGAAGAAGAUCGGUCUGCGAGUCCGAGUAGGAGUAGUCAUUCCGCUAAUUCGGAAAAGAGGCGGGAGAAGGAAAAGUGGUGGUUGGGACGGUUCGGGAAAGAUAAGGAGAAAGAGUGAAACAGGUCGACUCGCAAACGCACGCGCGAGGAGGAAUUAAUUGAGAUCGACUUGCACUUGAGGUGGGCCAACGGAGGCCGGAUGAGUACUUACAGAUACAGGAGGACGACACGUACAAGAUAUAAUAUGGCUCGAAGGCUGGGUUUCAAGAAAGGUCAUGUAGCUGAUGAAAGACGUAUAUACCCUUUUUUUUUCGGAAUGUUUUGGCCAGCUAGAAGCGCGCCAAGUGCGCUUACUGUAGGCGGGU